CGGAGGCCUUUGCGACUGAUAAGAGACUACGUCUCCCAGAGGGCUUUGCGGCGCCUCGACCGGAAGCGACGGGCGAGCCGAGUGUCCUUGCGCGCGGAGCCGAGCAAUCAUGGUACCCCGAGUGUGGUCGCUGAUGAGGUUUCUCAUCAAGGGCAGUGUGGCUGGUGGUGCUAUCUACCUGGUGUACGACCAGGAGCUGCUGGGACCCAGUGACAAGAGCCAGGCCGCCCUUCAGAAGGCAGAGGAGGUGGUCCCCACCGCCAUGUACCAGUUCAGCCAGUACGUGUGUGAGCAGACAGGCCUGAAGAUACCCCAGCUCCCAGCCCCUCCAAAGUUUAACUUUCACAUCCGGGAGUCCUGGAAUUCAGGGAUCAUCACAAUGAUGUCGGCUCUGUCGGUGGCCCCCUCCAAGGCCUGGGAGUACUCCAAAGAAGGUUGGGAAUACCUGAAGGAGCGAACCAAGUAGCCUGUCAGAGGACGCCACCUGCCCCAGGCGGGGGACAGGGGCAGGGGCACCAAGGACCUAAAGACACCAGACUGGGACCCCACUCCGAGGGCAGCUCCGGCCUUGCCAGUCCAAUAAAGGACUUGGAAGUGUUUCCCAA